AUGUCUGACAUUGAAGGCAUGUUUUCCCAAGUCUUGGUGCCCAGAGACGACAGAGAUCUGCUGAGGUUGUUAUGGUGGGACAAUGGUGACAUCAAGAGACCCUUGACAGAGUACCGCAUGACAGUACAUGUCUUUGGUGCAGUCUCUUCUCCUUCAUGUGCAAACUACGCUUUGAAGAAGACAGCAGAUGAUCAUGCAGGAUGUGAAGAAAUUGCGCACAUCAUCCAUCGCAAUUGUUAUGUCGUUGAUUGUUUGUGCUCAACCCCGACAGUGUCAAAGGCAGGCCAGCUUGUCAAAGGUUUGACUGAAACAUGCAGCAAGGGAGGAUUCCACCUCACAAAGUGGGUGAGCAACAAGAAGGAAGUCUUAGAGAACAUCCCAAAAGAUGAAAGAGGCAGAAACUGGAAAGACUUGAACAUCGAUGGUGAGAAGUUGCCCGUUGAGAGAACGCUUGGCAUGAUGUGGUCCAUUGAAGAUGAUGAGUUUGGAUACAAAAUUGAGAUGAGAGAUAGACCACCGACAAGAAGAGGUAUUUUAUCUACCGUCAGCUCUGUCUUCGACCCCUUGAAAUGUGUCUCACCAGUUGUGCCUCCAGCCAAGCAAUUACUGCAAGCAGCAUGUCGGAUGAAGUUGGGAUGGGAUGAAGAAAUUCCACCAGAUCUGAGUAAGAAAUGGCAGAAUUGGCAGUUGGAACUCCCAAGACUGGCGGAGUUCAAGAUGGUAAGAUGCCUGAAGCCAGAUGGAUUUGAAGAACCAAAGUCAGUCACCUUGCACCACUUUGCUGAUGCCAGUGAGCUGGGCUAUGGCACCAUAUCUUUCCUGAGAUUGGUGAAUUAUGAAGGUGAAGUCAAGUGUUCAUUCCUGAUGAGUAAAUCACGGGUCGCCCCACUCAAGCAGGUGACAAUUCCAAGAAUGGAGCUAACAGCAGCGACAGUAGCAGUGAGAGUUGACCAUAUGAUCAGGAAGGAGCUGGAGAUCGAAGUAGAUGACACCUACUGGACCGAUAGCAUGUCUGUGCUACGGUAA